UCGUUUUUCUCUAAAAUCUUCCUUUUUUAUGUCAAGAGAGCAAUCAAUUUGAUACAGGUAGUGGCAGGGGCAUCUAAGAAUAGAAGAUCCGUUUGAUUCUUCUGAGAGAUGGAAGCUGAUGUAUCCAUUCUGUAGUAUUUUCUUUGCUAAACCCUAAAUAGCGAUAAUCCCAUCUUCCUCCGCCUCUGUUUUGGAUGAGUUUUACCGAUCAAUUUUUGCCUUUUUGAUAGUCAAAACGGUUGCUUUGAUGAGAACGAUGAAUCUUCUUGUGUUUUUGUUAUUCUCUGUAACGGCUUCAUGCUAUAUGGCGGUGGCCAAGGUGGUGCUGAUUGGGAACAACGUUACUCUAUCCUUCGACGACAUUGAAGCUAAUUUUGCUCCAGCGAUGAAAGGUUCUGGAGAAUGCGGGGUCUUGUAUAUUGCAGAGCCGGUUGACGCAUGUACAGAACUGACAAAUAAAGUUGAACCGCUUUCAAAUACAAGUUCACCUUUUGUUUUAAUAAUUAGAGGGGGGUGCAGCUUUGAAGACAAAGUCAGGAGAGCACAAAAGGCUGGCUUUAAAGCCGCAAUUGUCUAUGACAAUGAAGAUGAUGGUGUCUUAGUUUCAAUGGCAGGAAAUUCGGGGGGUAUAAAAAUACAUGCGGUAUUCGUAACUAAAGCCUCAGGUGAAAUACUGAAAAGAUAUGCUGGACUGACUAACAUUGAAGUGUGGCUAAUUCCAAGUUUUGAAAACUCAGCAUGGUCUAUCAUGGCAAUUUCAUUCAUUUCCCUACUAGCUAUGUCAGCAGUUCUGGCUACUUGCUUCUUUGUCCGGAGGCAUCGCAUACGAAGAGAAAGGCCUCAAGCUUCUCGUGUUCGUGAGUUCCAUGGAAUGAGUAGUCGCCUAGUGAAAGCAAUGCCUAGUUUGAUAUUUACUGCUGUUUUAGAGGAUAAUUGUACAUCAAUGACAUGUGCAAUAUGCCUUGAAGACUAUUGUGUUGGAGAGAAGCUCAGGAUUCUACCCUGCUGUCACAAGUUUCAUGCUGCUUGUGUGGAUUCUUGGCUUACGUCAUGGAGAACCUUUUGUCCAGUUUGUAAGCGUGAUGCAAGGACUGGUCUAAGUGAUCCUCCACCUUCAGAAUCCACGCCGUUGCUUUCAUCUGGCCCAGCAUCUGGAGCAUCAUCGUUAGCGUCAUCUGUGAGAUCAUCAUUAGCAUCAUCUUCUGCAAUACAAAUUGGUCGGUCAUCAUCACGGUCCCCAUCUGUUUCUCGGGACCAUUCUGUGGCUAGUACUCCCUACAUUCAGCCAUCAUUUAGGUCCCAUCAGCAAUCUCCCUUUAUGAGUGUCAGUCGAAGCUCAGUAGAUCUUAGGAAUGCAUCCCAAAGAUCUCAAGCAUCUCAUUUGAAUUCUCCACAUUCCAUGGGUUACCCAUCGAUGUCAUCAAUGAACUCAAGGUACUUGUCUCCACAUAUUCGAAGUCCAAGCAAUGUUUCAGCAAGUUAUCUUGGUUCUUCUAGUCAUCGUCAUCACCCACUUCGUUAUAGCGGGUCAGCUGCGAGUUUUUCUCCAUUUGCUUCUGCCCAGUCCCUUCCAGAAUGCUGAGUCAUUGAACCAAAUUUUGGAUUACAAUUGUGAGGUCUGCACCGCAUUUGCAGAUAGUCAUGAAAAAAAGCAGGAAACAACAUUUAAAAAAUUCUCAUGACCUCUGCACUAAAUCAGAUGGUUGUCAUGUUCUGACUAACGAUCUGCUUCCAUCCCUUGUUACUGCUCGGAUCGUGUUGUGGUCAGAUUUGGCGGUUGAUUUCUUCAUGCUCAGAUGUACACCGUAAGAUCACUGUGUGUGUUUGUUUUAUUCUGGUUGAUGUUCUUGCAUUUUCAGGUUGAUGUGUUUGCCUAAGUCAUGAUGAUUCUGCCGUUUGCGCUGGGUUGAUAUUCACCAUGUCAUAUUCUUCGUUUUCAAAAUAUACAGUUUAACUGCUAACAUGAGAAUAUGUUUGGCCUGUACAGAGAAAUCGCAGUGGGAUUAGUUCUGUGUAUGUUCUGAUUUUUAUUAGUUUUCUCAGCUGGGCAGAGUUUCUCUCCUGAGUUCUCCCUCCAGUCUUUUCGAUGUGUACUAAAACACCUUCUCUCCUUCAUUUUUUGUCGGCCUUUUUGUACUAUAUAUUCACCAUCUUCUGCAUUUUCACAUGCACCUGGACAGAACUGGAAGAAAACCACCUGAAAAGAUUCUUGUCCCCAGAUGCUGACAGGUUCUGUGAUUUAUGGAAGUUUCCGAAUAAUGACAGGUUAAGUGAUUGAUGGAGGUUUAUUUGUACUGAGCAUGGAGUCGUGGUGAUGAGUAUUGAAUUUAUAGGUAAUUAUAAGUUGAUAUGUUGGCAAUUGUUGUUACUCCUGAGCCUUAGUAACAACCAAUUUAAUUUCCUAUGCCCCUCUUCUUCAGUAAACGUGCAUCUUUACUAAGUGAUGUGGAAUCCAUCAAGAAGAAAUAAAAAGCCCUCACUUAUUUCC